CGAUUUCGGAAUUGCAGCAGAGCAACAAUGUUCCGGCGGAACAUAUUAACAUGAUCUCAUCAUCCCCUGCGGGGAAGUGUUGGAGAUACGGCGCCGGAACUGCGACCCGUCCCAGAGCCAUCACCCCUCACCGCUCUAGGGUUCCGAUCCUCUCCCUUUCUAGGAUUGUGGGCAGAGGAUGAAUCACUGGAGACAUCCUGAUAUGUGGAUGGCUGACUUCAACAGUUUAGGGUUUCGUGGAUAUUCUUUCCCAUGUCCAUUGCUCGGGUUCAAGGGGAACAACAUUUUCUAGCGUGCAAUAUCCUCGUUCUUCUUCCGUGAUGUCCAUCUUUACAAUCGGGUUUUGCUUCGAGGACUGCUUGAAGGAUCCGAUUGGAUGGGGAAGUAUAGCUAAUUUGAACAUUUUAGGGUUUCAUUGGUUUUCUUCUCUGUUCCUAAUGAUUGGAUUCAUGGGUUACAUAAUGAGCAAUUACAACUAAAUCUUCAUAUCUUUGUUGUCUCUCGGUAGCAUAUAUCCUUACUAGCUUACAAUUUUUAUACACUUCUACAGUUUCCAUCCUUGCAAUUGGAAAAAUUCAGAGUGGAAAGAGAAUUUCUUGGUAUUCCUAACUAAUAAAUUUCUUAUCCUUCUAUGAUCUCUAUUCCUCACAUUAGGAUUUUAUAUUGUGGACUGGAUUUGUAUUGGAAAGGAAGAUUAUCAACUUUGGCUAUCUUGAUAGGCAGAUAGCUGAUUUCGAUAUUUUAGGAUUUCAUGGAUUUUCUUUUCCAUCCUGACUGAAUGGAUUCUCGGUGGACAUCUUUUUGCAGCAUGAUCUUUCAGAUCUUCAUUGUUUCUUGGUGAUGUAAAUCCUUCCUAACUUUCAAAUUUCUCAUCCUUCUUCUAUGAUGUCAACUUUUUGGUAACCUUAUGAAGUUAUAAGUGGUUUUAAUUUACUGUAAGACAAUUUUAUGCUCUUAAUACAUAGAAUAUUCUGGUUUAGCUAACAUUUCCAACCAUAGCACACUACUUCCUCUAUGUUGAUCGAAGCCAUGUUAUGUUUCACAAUCAGGAGUUUCAAAAACCUAAAACGACUGAAUUAAAUGUCUAUAAGUUCUCAUUCUACUUCUAUGUUGAUCUAUUAGAUGGAUGGGAAUGGCUUGUCGAGUUGCUAAUCAACAGUGAUCAUCCAUGGAGAGUUUCUUUGCUUUAUAACAAUUUGUUGACGUUCCUCUUGUCUAGAGAUGUAACGACAUCCUAAUUUGUGGAGAUAGAAAGUUCUGAUAAAAAAGAACAAUAAGAUAAUAAAAUAGAUAAAACAUAAAUCCAAAAUAAUACACAUGCAGCAAUGAAGCCCACGUGUUCUGUUUAUCUACAUUCUCUUUGUUGUCCUCAGGUUUAAGACAAAAGUUUAUGCAAUGUAUUGUUCUGUAGAAAUUAAAGUUCUGUGAUAUCUUUUAUGCUUAUUUACAAUUGCACCAGGGCUUUUGUAGUUUUAAAUGAUUGCAGACUUUUAUUCUCUGUAGCAUUCCUAUGUCUCCAAUUUUUUUGAGCAUCCUCUACCAAUUCUGUCAUUUCCUCUUAAUAAUGUUGCGUUUCUUGUUUGCAUAACUUUGGAACACUAGUACAGCCAGAUAACUGUUAUUUACCUAACAUUUUCUUUGAAUGCUUUAAGUUGUGAACCCAGAACUCUUUUCACUUCAUUACUUCAUUGUUCUUGAGAUUAAAACAAUGCAACUGCUGUUGAAUAUGCUCCUCACAGAGUAUAAUUAGAUGAACCAAAGUUUUAAGUGUGUGUGCACAUCUGUCCAUCUCUUACACAGUUACAUAUUUGUUUAUUUGAACAUUCAUAUCCCAAUUUAUGUAUAAAUAGGCAGGGCAUUGCAUGGGGUAACACUUCUUUUCCUCUAGUUAGUGUCAGCUAUCAGCUUAAGAAUGCAUUCUACUACACCUGGGAUUGAUCCUUCCCUUCAGCAGUGAGCACCAUGUUUCUUUAAAGUUCCAAAUCAUUAGCUCCUUCAGUGAGUUCAAAUCUACAUGUUAUGGAAACCGGAGAGAGAAAAAGCUGAUAUGAUUUCAUUCACUCACUCGAACUACCAUCUCAAGUGCAAUUUAGUGUGCAGACGCAGACAGCUUUAUAACAUGACUUACUCUUGUAUGGAAGAUACCACUACCUAAUUACCAUUUCUUUCUCACUGAUUUCAAAUAUCAACUGGUGCAACCACCGCUGUCCCAGUAUAAACACUUAAUCUUGUGCUUGUUCUUAUCAGCAGGAACAUUGACCUUUUUCUUUAUUACUUCUUUUUACGUUCAUCAGUCUACUAACUAAUGUAGGAGAUGAAGGGUUUCCAAUGGCUUGACAGCCUUGAGCUUCCGAGGAGGGGCUUGCAGCAUUGAAGAUGGUAGUGGCGAGUGCAUGAACUUGCAGUUGGGGCAUGAAGGAGAUGACUCGCAGAGCAUGACAAGGAGAUGACAAUUGAUGCAGACUACCGCGACCAUGCUGCCACAUGAAUUAGGGUUUUCCUGUCCAAAUAGUACAUCCUUCCAGACUGCAGAUAUGUGAUAGAUGGGAACAAAUGCAUGCUGAACAAUCACUUCUGAAGCAAGCAUGACAUCAGAGCUGGAAGCUAGCUUGAACCUUACAGAAGAAUGCAGAUACUGCACUCCAACCUGCAGGCACCGGUCUCUUCAAUGCCUUCAGAAACAGCAAUAAACAAGUGUAGUGUUAUUCGUCUUUCUUCCGGGCAAGUAAUGCAGCUUGUUCCUCCAGAUAUAGCUCACAGUUUCUGCCUUUCCCAAUUCCAGGAGGAAGAUGUCAUGAAUCUUUGUCCUUGCAUACUCAUCAUGUUUCUGCUGGUUAUCAAGGCAGGAAAUGACAACUUCUGUUCACCAUGUCAGGUACUGAAUGGAACAAGAGCGAAAAUUGUAAUCAAUUCAACCAGGCAUGACUUGGUCAGUGGCAGAAUGUGGAACAGAUCAUCACCAAACAAGCAGUGCAUUUAAGGCCAACCUACUGCAAUUCUACUUGGUUUCAAGCUCAUCUUCGACAUUCAAUUACAAAACUGCACCAGAAAUCCAUAUUCUCACUCAAUCGGCUCAUUGAUCUUAAAUGCAGUAUCCAUUCAUAUCCCUAUUUUAAUGAGGAUUCACCAUCACCAUCUCAAACUUAAAAGAGUCAAUAAGUUUUCUGCAUCAGAAAUGAAAUGAACUAGGUUGUUGAGUUGCCAUGUAACUGGUGAUUGUGCACUUGCUACAACAGUUUAAGCCGAAAAAUAAGUACUAAAUCAACCAAAGUAAAUGCCCCUUCUUCAUGUAUGCAGCAUGAAGUGAUCUGAGACCUACUGGAGUUUCAAGGCACAUGCCAAGGAGAAGAUUUGACUGGAAGAUCAUUUAGUUUAUUACUUAUAGCUUGCCCAAAAUCAUAUAUGUCCUACUGAUGCAAUCAAUACUUGCAUGACAUGUAAUCAAAUGCUCACGAUCACUGUUCAGAGAGAGAGAGAGAGAGAUCCUUUUCGGAUUUCAUGGGCGAUAUGCCAGGCCCGCCCGUGUGAGGAAUCAUGGGUGACGUGGCAUAUCGAGGUGGGUCUCAGGGCUGUUCAGCCGCGGCUCGCCUUAAGUAGAUCCAAACUGGGACGGCCUGAGUCCGACUUUGUCGAACUGUUGACUCACUGGGCUUUGGGAUCGGUUCGUCUCUCCAAGAAGCCCAACAAACCCGCCUCUCUAUCCGGGUUUCAACGCCUAAACCCAAAGCGACGCCCUUCUUCUUGCGGUCCAUACUCAUCUCUCCUCCGCCUCCUCCUCCCUUCAAGGUUUCUUCUCUCCUCAGGAAUCGCUGGGAGCUGCGCUCUUCCUUCUCUUCUUGUCGAUCUGUGGUCGAGGAAAAAGCCAAGUAACAGAGCAUUGAAACUACUUUCUGGAUCGUGUUAUUUGCCACACCCAGAUAAGGAGGAAACUGGUGGUGAGGAUGCUCAUUUUUUAUGGGACGAGCAGGCCAUUGGUGUAGCAGAUGGUGUUGGUGGGUGGGCCAAUCAUGGGGUUGAUGCAGGCCAAUAUUCUAGAGCACUUAUGUCACAUUCAGUAGAUGCAAUUGAAGAAGAGUCCAAAGGGUCCAUUGAUCCAUUAAGGGUGUUAGAGAAAGCUUAUACAAGAACCAAAGCUGAAGGAUCUUCAACAGCUUGCAUUAUUGCUCUCACAGAUCAGGGCAUUCGUGCUGUCAAUCUUGGUGACAGUGGUUUCAUAGUUGUUAGAGAUGGAUGCACUAUCUUCCGGUCACCAGUGCAGCAACAUGAUUUUAAUUUCACUUAUCAACUUGAGAGCAACAAUGCAAGUGAUCUACCUAGUGCUGCCCAGGUAUUCAGCUUCCCAGUGGAAUCAGGUGAUGUGAUCGUUGCAGGAACAGAUGGACUAUUUGAUAACUUGUACAACAGUGAGAUCACAGCUGUUGUGGUUCACGGCAUUAGGGCUGGUCUGGGACCUCAAGUGAUGGCUCAGAAGAUAGCUGCAUUAGCUCGCCAACGAGCGCAGGACAAGAACAGGCAAACCCCGUUCUCGGCUGCUGCCCAAGAAGCUGGCUAUAGAUAUUACGGAGGCAAGCUUGACGACAUUACUGUCAUCGUAUCCUACAUCACUGCCUUCGGCAACCAGGCCCCAUCGUGUCUUUGUACAUAACACACACUAUUAUGACAAGGUUGAUCAAGGCUCGUGGAUUCUACAUCAUGUUGCUCUGCUUCUGGUCAUUUGCUGCUGAGUUAUCAUGUCGAAUCAACCCAUUUUUCUGCACGAAGUUGUAAGAUUGCUGAUAAAUGCAGACCAUACUAGCCCAAGAACGCAGAGACUAAGAAUGAUGAUGUGGGCGGCCUAUUUCAUUCUGUCAUAUAGAAAAGAGGAGGCUAAUCAUCUAGUUUUCAAUUUCUGAAGCACUUCUUCCGACACUGAGAGGCUAAUGAUAGUAUGCUAAUGGAUGUAAAUUUCUCUCUCUAAGUCAAUGCAAGCAGUCUGAUUUCUCCUC